CAUGCGUUGCACCCACAGACCUGAAAGGGGCUACAGCGGCAAAAGCUAUGUUUAGUCGGCUGUUUGCUUCAGUGUGUUUAAGGUUAAGGCUGAUGUUGAGGAAUGGUUGAUACACGUGUUAUAUGUUUUCUAGAUAAACUUGUAAUGCAGUGUUACCAAAGCGUGAUGUCGUGAAUGUGAGAAUAUUAUUCUGCCGUAAUGUUGCAUUGUGGUUGAAAAGUGUCCCAAGUUGAGAGACAAAGAUAUUGUGCUCCAGUAGCUUCUGUUUGCACUGGCCGAUGACAUACGUGAAUUAACAGCGCUUGUUUUCAGGACCGAGUGCGUGAGGCCUGAGCCCAUGUGACAAGCGUAAGGCAGACAUGAGCGGGCGUAGCCCCGGUGUGAGAGGGGGACCUGGGCCUCCCGCGGGGGGCGCAAGGUGCCUCUUCAUUCUGCAGCGAUGUCUGGCCAUCCAGCUGCAGAAGGUGGCCCUGCUCUCGGAACAGAGAAAGCCCUCGAGGGACCACGAAGGGCCGGAGUACUGGAUGUACGACAGUGGCUACCUGCUGUUCCAGGGUUUCCUGGAGGCCAACCUCAAGUGUUUCUGGAACGCAUCUCUUCUGGAAGCGAUGCGUCUGCUGGAAUUUCAAGGCUAUGUCGCUCCGGGGGUACUGCUGGUGACUGCUAGCGCCUGCGCAUUGGAAGUCGUGCGUGGUGCCUGGGCCAGGAACGUCCUGAAACCUCCCAACAAUUACGUCAUCGCCGUUGUUGGAGAUGUGGAGGACUGCUUAGUCCAGCCACUGCCCCAGGGGCAGUUCACUCCGCUACCUGAAGCCCUGUGUUGGGUAAUCCUGGACUUGACGUCAUCGGGGCAGGCCGCAGUUCUCGAGCGGAUCCGAUCCGCGCUCCAAGUGGCCUUCCCCGACAUACAACGGCCGUCUCAGGAAAUCGUGUACGACGCACUGGCGAAACUUACGACCGAAAGGAAGGUGUACCAGACAUCACAGGGCUACUUCGUGGUGACUCCGGAGAAGAGGCGGCGCGACUCGUCCUCUCACCAGCGGCGCCACAGUCGCACCGUCGCCUCUGAUGACUCGCGUCCGAUGCUCAUGUCGACAGAGGAGGCCCUGGCCUAUGUUCACGGGGAAAUGCAAACAAUCAGGGACGGCGCUGUGACUCACCAGGCGGUGCAGACCAAUCUGGCCGACGUCAUAUGUGGAGGGAAUCCAAAUGACAAGAUCAUGUAUGCACGGAGCACAAAGAGAAGUUCUAGUUUUCCUGUGUCUGGGCGGCUUGAACGGCGGCAUUCUCUGCGUUUGUUUGGUAGCUCAAAGCGCCUGUCCAGCUCAUUGACUCGCUGUGGCUCAAUGAGGCACAUCAGCAACAAGCAUCUGCUUGGCUGUGACAGUUCGAGCUCAACCGAGUAUCCCAGCACAGACUGCAGUAACGGAAAGAAGUUGUCAUUGUUGUCGCGUCUGUUCAGAAGAAGUGGGCGCAAGCAAAGAGGCUCAUCAGCACCACCAGCAGCGCUGGCCACUUUUUCGGCGCAGUUCCCACCAGCAGAGUGGUUCAAUCAGCGUGUGGUUCACCUCCACUCAGUGGGCACCCAGACUGUCAGCUCAAUGGCAUCACAACACAGUGCUCAUGAUAGUCGGAGACCUUCACAAGGCAGCAUUCCGCUCUGGACAGAUGAAGAUGGAACUUCAUCACGGGCAGCUACUUUGCCUCGUCGCCACAGACGCCACGCUUCUGGUGAUUCAGCCACAUGUAGCAUUGUGACCAAUGCAACACCAGUGUCCAACCACACCAGUAACAUCACUCCCCAUUCAUCACGUCGCCAACGCUCUCCAUCGUCACAGAGCUCAACCCUUCCACGUAGAUCGACAUCGUCCAACUCUAAGAGCGACCCUCUGUCGCGGACAGCGUCACGCAGUUCUGUCCUUCCCCAGUCUCUUGGCCAAAAUCCAUCACCUUGCAAAACCUCUGCAACCACUAUAUCAUCAAAUGAAAAGCCAAAUCAUCAGUCAGGGCCCUCCAAGGUACCAUCACAAAUAUCUGUAAUCACCCCUGGCAGUACACCAAGUAGGUCUUCACUGUCUGUACACCAGAACAGCAACAUAUCGCCAAUACAAUCAUCAACCAUAAGCAAAGCAACUCCUACUUCUUCUCCAAACAGAAGUCUCUCAGGAGGUCCUUCAAGCAGCUCGUCUUUGAACAAAAGUCUGCCUGGCACUUGCGGCAGUAAUAAGUCUCCCAGCAACAAUGUGGCCACUCCCACUGUUAAGAGUAACAACUCGAGUCGGAACCUCGGUAGUUACUCCCUGAUCAAGAACUCUGCAGCUGGCAACAGUCUCGAUACAAAGGGUGACAAUCAAGUCAGUCCUCAGAAGAAUACCUCAUCAUCAUCGUCACCAGUGGGCAACAAGAGCUCAAUUACCCUGCAAGUGUCCACAACAAACAGGACAUCACCACCAUCAAGCUCCGGUUACUCCAGUCAAUGCCAGUCCAGCAACGGACGUGCAAGUGUCCUCUCUUCAGCUUCAUCAGCUGUUGUGCCUCCAUUCCAGGACUUGACAUCCCGCAGGAAUGUUACGGUUAUGGCAGGGUCUCCAAAUGAUCAUACAACCACCACCACUGCUACAAUAAACAGUGGUCCAAACACCAAGAUCUACGUGCAGCAACAGAACUCUCCCAUCAGAUCCGUCAUCACGUUUGAGAAUGGCAUUAAACACAACACAAACUCGCUGCCAAAUAAAGACAUUUUGAUACUGAAUGGAUUUUCCUCACAUGCUGACGGUAAGAGCAGUUCAAAGGAAAAUGUGUCUAUGAAUAUUGGAAAGUGUAAAGGGAAAAGUGACCAUGCACAAUCAAAACCAGAGAGGCCUAAGUCUCUGUACAGUCCAAGAGAGAAGAUAAAGCGUGGAGGGGAGAGGCACCAUGAAUCUGCUGGAAAUAGACUGGAGAGAAGGAAAUGCCCUUCGCUAGAGGCUCUUGCUGCUGCCGCCGAUAUUUCAAGCCUAGAGGCAGCUACCAAGAAUAAGCACACUAAUAGUUUAAAUAGCAAUAACAUUAUUAAUGAAAAUAUUCACAAACGGCCUUCCUCUUCCUCUUCUUCUUCUCUUACAACAAAUGGAGGUAACUUAGUUUCCACCCAUCACCCAAACUCACAUCCGCCCUCCACACAACCGACUUGUAGUAAUCCAACGAUGAACAACACACGGAUUCUGCGCAGCCUGUCAGCCUCCCCAGCACUGCCUGUGCGAAGCAAGGAAAACCUCAGUUAUAAAAAUGUGCUUCGAAAUUCACCCAGCACGCCACCGGAUACAAUAACACCAUUGAAUCUUCAUCUAGAAGGGAUCAAAAAUAAAUUUUGCAGCAAUCCAUCAAGUCCUACAAAGUCUUUUGAUAAUUUUGGAGGUUCUUAUGGUAAUCUCUACAUUGAAGGUAUGGGAGAUACUGACAAAUUUCUGUCUUCAAAUGCACAAGAGCUGCAGGCCAGGGAUAAAGGUUCAGAAGAGAGGAGUUAUGAAUGCAGCAGCACGGAUCUGUGUCCGUACUCAAGCCUCAGUGACCUCACAGUUCACUUCAAGUCCAUUGCGGCACAGAAGAUUCUGAAGGGGGUCAGUAUUAACAGUAUUGACACGUUAGUAGAGGUCAACAUGGCAGCUGCAGAGAAGCAGAACAACUGUGAUGUCACAAUUCACACGGACUUUGGUAUGGUCUGAAACCUCGUGUAUCAGGUGAUUCUGUGUCUUGCUGGGAUGGCACACAAGAGGAUCAAGCAGUCGCUGAUAAAAUGUGCGUGCAAGGGAAGAUAUUAAACCCAGAAGUGGAUGUUCUUGUGUGACAAAUAUCUUGAAACUUGCCUUUCCCUCUUAGCCCACAUUUGGGAGCACAUCUGCAGUUGCUUUCAAAACACACCCUUGCAACAUACAAGCACUUCUGAGCUCAAUGUUUGCUACAUGCUGAAAUUAACCUUUACUGACCAGUAUCGCCACACUAUCAUGAUGGCUUCUGCAUGGCUCAGGCUGGCCUCAACACAAAUUCUGUUACCCCCAGAUCCUGCUGGUGGUGGUGGGGUGUGAACACCCUAUCCCUAGACAAUGUAAGCUAACAUAUGGGUCAGUAACAUGCAUAUGGACUAAGGCAGCACAGGAGCUAAACCAGAAGACAGGAUAAGAACCAAAGAAAGACAAGAGAGAGUUUGAAGAUGGAUUAGUAAAUAACAGAGUAGGAUGUGUUGAAAGUGGACUGAGAGGAAAUCUGAGAGAAGGUUUGGAAUAUGAAACUAAAAGGAAAAAGGCCAAGAAGAAGACCAAGAUGGGAACAGCAGGUCAGGGAAGAAGGAGGAACAUAGAUAGAAACUGAGGAGAAACAGUUCCAGGUCAGUGAUGGAAGGAGAGGCCUGGUUGCUAGGCAACCCUCAUAAAAUGGAAUUAUUAAAAGGAAAAAAAAAUAUUUGUGUAUGUUUUCUCUAAUAGUUCUUAGGAAAAUUUGGACAUUGUUUAAUGUUCCAUAUUUUCCUUUGUGUCCGUAAGGUUAAUUUAAGCAUGUGGUAUGAUUAAUUACCUUUACAUAUAUCACUAGUACACGCUACUGUUCUCAGGGUUCAGAAUUUCUAAAUAUAUCUCUGGUACAGUCAGCCCAGCAUUUGCUUGGUUUUCUCCUGUUACUACAGUGCUCACAUUAAGCAAAAUGAAAUGGGAAGCGAAUUUAGCAUGUAUGGGAGAAGAGAAAUUUAUACAAUGUUUUUGUUAGAAAAUCUGAAGGUAAGAGACAACCCAGAAGAUACUAGAUAGGAGGAUAAUAUUAAAAUGCAUUUUAAACAGUCUGUGCAAGAGUGAACCAUAAGCAACUAGCUGAGAAUAGGGCCAGUGGCAGGCUCUUGUGAACAUGGCAAUGAACCUAACAGUUCCAUAAAAUGGAAGGAUUUCUUUUUUGUAUAGCUGAUCAACUGUCGUCUUCCCAAUAGGAUCUUUACAUAAUGGAUUGUAUUUUGUCUGUAUGAGUUUUGAGGUUUCCAUGGUGGCAGAAAUUUGGAUCAUCGUUCUAUGUUAUGAUGCCGUGUGGUCUUGAUAAUUUUUACAGUGAUUUGUGACUGAUCAGCUGUCUUCAGAGGUUAGACUGCCUGUAACAUGGAGUUCUUGUGGGGAGGAUUGUUUCUGAUCUGUUUGGUAUGGAAACUGGGAAACUGAAUACUGCUGGAUGGUAGGGACUUAGAUGAAUGAUAAAGUAAAAGAAUUUGAAAGAAAGCUGUCAUGGCUUAAUUGAAAUUCUAUCCUCGCCUUUGCUUGGAGAGACUGGGAAAAACCAUGAAAGAGCCAGGAUAUCCAUCAUCCCAGCUGAGAUUCAAACCAAGCAAUUCACAAUUGCAAAUCUAGAGCAUUACCUCCAGGCAGACCUGUGUGAUGGGGUUCCUCCUUGAGAUGCUGAUAGUCACCCAGCUACUCAAGGAAGUUGCCUUUUAUGGAACCUAAAGGUACAUUACUGUGUUCAGAAGGGCUUUCUAACCUGUGUAACACUUCACAGCAGGCUGGAUUGUACAGUGGGGCCUUGUUAUGUUCCCACCCAGUGCCAAGCUAGAGGGCCACCUCUUGUUGGCUGUCAGCAACUGUAUGCUUUACAUGCAUCUGGAGGUCCAUUUGCAAUGUGAGGACAUAUUGCGUUUUCUAUAGGAAAUGCAUCUUAAGCAAUAAUUUGUGGUGGUGAGGAUUGUUCAGAGCCUUUAAAAACAUUCUUAAUUUAUUAAACGCACACGGUGAAGCUCGGAAUGUGUGGUUGGCGUGUCAGUAAGGAUUUCUGUGACAGCACAGAUGAACAGAGUGAUCACCUUGUGAAGCACGAUUUGAGGGGAAGCAUGUUGUACAUGCCCGUUUCCUAAAUGAAAAGUAAUUUCUGCUGGAUUAUGUAGUCAUACUGUGACCGUCAGUUUGCGGUUAUGCCACUUUUAAGAAUUAUGAUACCAGGGAUGAUUUUUGUCACAGGGUCUGGAAAUAUUGUGUUAUAAAUUGCGACACAGUUUUGGGGAAGUUUUUCUGUCUUUAAUGAGGUGGGACGGGAAUGUUAUUAGGCAUUUGCCAGAUGUGGUACAAGCGGUGAAGUUGAAUGUGCUGUUGAACAUGGGCAGUUACAGGGGAUUCAAAAAUUGUUCCAAGGUGUCACAUGACCACUAGUUCAGUGUACCCUAGCGUUGCGACUAGAGUGCUAACUGAACAGAUUGUUAGUAGCACCUCACAGAGGAUGACUGAAAGAUAUUGGAACACCUCUCAUAACACAGAACACACCAGCUGUAAUCUCUUUUGGUACAUUCACAAGGAGAAGCUGCAGUAAUGCACCUGCCCGUCCAGAUGUCCACAUGUAAUAACAGAUUAUCAUGAAAUUUGUUACUGGGGCAAGAGGCUUUACUAAAACAUACAUUCUAAUUUGGGUUGAAACUGGACAAUAAUAAUGGGCACUUUACUUGAAGAUGCCUGUAUCUCAAAUGUAGUUUACUAAAUGUUUGUCAGAGCAAGAAAGACAUUACUGUGGUUACAUGCCAACUGCAUGCACUGUUUUUUCUGCAGUGUACCAUGAUGUUUCAGAGGUAAGCUAACCUUGCAGUUUUGAUGGCAAGUACACAAAUUGGUGCCUGUGACUGAUGCAUAAAGUUUUAAUAUUAAUUCUGGUGGGAUGUUACUGAUAUGAAGAGGAACAGAAGGUGGAAUAAGCCCCCUUUGACUAGAUAUUCAUGUAUUAAGUAGGAACUGUGUGAAUGGCGUCUAGUUGAAAACAAACAUAACCUGUUUUGCUCUGUCUUUGUAUUUUGAUUAUGAUUAUGUCUGCCAGAUUAAGUAAUAACCAAAGUGUCACUGUAUUUGACAGCAAUUGAUGUUAUAUUUACUAAUAUAAUUAUACUUCAAAGCAUUGUUAUUGUUUUGGUUUUUUAUAAUGUGAAUUGUUUUCUUUGGAAUAAAAAAUGUGCAUAUACAGACAAAUGUUAGUCCCCAGAAAAUCAGAUGACAUGAAGUUUAAUUACUGCCUUCUGGGAUAUGAUGCCAUGUAGCCUGAUUGAUAUUUCUCAGACUGAAAGAUGUUCAAGCAAAAAAGUUGAUGGCACAUUUUAUGUGCAGGACACACUUCUGGUAAGUCUUGUGGUCUAUUGAGAUAGAUAGAAGUGAGUGAAUGCCCUAGGAUUGUUAUGUUAUGCAUUUAUUGCAUUUGGCUUUGUGUUCUUGUACAUGUAUGGCUUAGUUUAUCCAGUUACUGCAUCGAGGUUGCCUUAACAGUUUAUUGAGGUCAGUACUGUGUAAUGUUAGAGCAUGAUCCCAGUGAUUUCCUUUUGUAAGUUGUUCGUCUUCAUGCCCUGUGGAGGGCGGAUUCAUCCAUUUUUAUCAUUUAUUUUUACUUUCUGUAUAUAAUUAUUAACAUUAUUCAGAUAAGUAAUUAUAGCAAGUAAGCAUAUUGUACUCUUUUCAAUACAGAUGUGUAGAACAAACUCCAUAUUAAAAUGUACUGUACUUCAUAACCUCACUUUUUUGAAGGAACCGUUUUUUGUAUACAUUUGAUAGUUCCAUUGGAGAGGCUUUUUUCAGUGAAAAUCUUAUCCAUUUUUUGGAUAAUUUUUGUGUGAGGAUGGAGUAAUGUACAAGCUUGAUAUGCUUUGAACACAGGUGCCAAAUUAUUGUAAUUCUCCCUGUAAUAAUCUCUGAUGUAACUUCUGUAAAUGUAUUUCUCUUUGUAACUCCACUGUCUGUAAUAAAUUACUUGCAUAACA